GGCGGCGCGCGGGAAGGGCGUCACGUGAUGACUAGCCCCGCCUCUUCCUCUCGGUCCCAUAUUGAACUCGAGUUGGAAGAGGCGAGUCCGGUCUCAAAAUGGAGGUAAAACCGCCGCCCGGUCGCCCCCAGCCUGACUCCGGCCGUCGCCGCCGCCGCCGGGGGGAGGAGGGCCAUGAUCCAAAGGAACCAGAACAGCUGAGGAAGCUGUUUAUUGGUGGUCUGAGCUUUGAAACCACAGAUGAUAGCUUAAGAGAACAUUUUGAGAAAUGGGGCACACUUACAGACUGUGUGGUAAUGAGAGAUCCCCAAACAAAACGUUCCAGGGGCUUUGGUUUUGUGACCUACUCCUGUGUUGAAGAGGUCGAUGCUGCAAUGUGUGCUCGGCCACACAAGGUUGAUGGGCGUGUGGUGGAACCAAAGAGAGCUGUUUCUAGAGAGGAUUCUGUAAAGCCUGGUGCCCAUUUAACCGUGAAGAAAAUUUUUGUGGGUGGUAUUAAAGAAGAUACAGAAGAAUACAAUCUGAGAGACUACUUUGAAAAGUAUGGCAAAAUUGAAACCAUAGAAGUUAUGGAAGACAGGCAGAGUGGAAAAAAGAGAGGAUUUGCUUUUGUAACUUUUGAUGAUCAUGACACAGUUGAUAAAAUUGUUGUUCAGAAAUACCACACUAUUAAUGGGCAUAAUUGUGAAGUGAAAAAGGCCCUUUCUAAACAAGAGAUGCAGUCUGCUGGAUCACAGCGAGGUCGUGGAGGUGGAUCUGGCAACUUUAUGGGUCGUGGAGGAAACUUUGGAGGUGGUGGAGGUAAUUUUGGUCGUGGUGGAAACUUUGGUGGAAGAGGAGGCUAUGGUGGUGGAGGUGGUGGCAGCCGAGGUAGUUAUGGAGGUGGUGAUGGUGGAUAUAAUGGAUUUGGAGGUGAUGGUGGCAACUACGGUGGUGGUCCUGGUUACAGCAGUAGAGGAGGCUAUGGUGGUGGUGGACCAGGCUAUGGAAACCAAGGUGGUGGAUAUGGUGGUGGUGGAGGAGGAUAUGAUGGUUACAAUGAAGGAGGAAAUUUUGGUGGAGGUAACUAUGGUGGUGGUGGUAACUAUAAUGACUUUGGAAAUUAUAGUGGACAACAGCAAUCAAAUUAUGGGCCCAUGAAAGGGGGCAGUUUUGGUGGAAGAAGCUCAGGCAGUCCCUAUGGUGGUGGCUAUGGAUCUGGUGGUGGAAGUGGUGGAUAUGGUAGCAGAAGGUUUUAAAAAAAAAAAAAAGCAGAAAAGGGUGAAUGAGAAAACCCUACUUGCCUAAAUGAGGAAUGUCUUUCCUACCAUCUUAAAUACGAAGGUUUCUGGCUGGGUAAGGUUUGUAGCUCACAGUAAAGCCUGAUGACAUCAUUGGUUUCCCUACAAAUUGAUGCCACAGUUUGAAACAUUACCCCCAUGUAGGUACACUGGCAGAAUUGUCAAGCUCAGUUUUAUUGGGUACCCUGAUGAACAAGUUCUAAGACUUCAGGUGGUCACAUUCUGCAGUGGCCAUUGGUAUUUAUCAUGAGCCAGAUGUGGCCAUUUCAUGUGUGUACAAACUCAGUGUUAGCAUCUGUGGUAAAAUCCGCUUUCUGUAAGGGAAAGAAAGUCAUGUUGGCUUUCCAGAAAAGUUUUAAAGUGUCUGCUAAUUCCCACCCUUGGGAAAAUGGGAAUCUUUUACAAUUACCAGCAUAAUUGUCUUCCUCAGUUCUCUUGCAUAUCAGUUCAUGACUAUGGAUCAGUAGGAACAGUCAAUUUUUAGUUGUGUCUGUCCAUUUCCUCCAUCCCCUAAAUACACACGGUCUCACUAUUGUCCUGACCUGGAAUUCGAUCCACCUGCCUGUCUCCCAAAUGCUGGGAUGAAUAAAGGGUGGUGCCUAAUUGUCACUCAUGCUCCUUAAAAAAAAAAGACAAAAGAAAACCCCAAAGAACAGUUGAGUUACUAUUGAAAUAAGUUGCUGAUUGUUCAAAAGGGCUAUUUUUUGCUGCCUUGAAAGGGCUUUGAAAAUUGCUUAAUUCAGGUUACUUUUUAAUAUAUUAUCAGAGGACAAGUUUGCAAAGUACUGGUUAGUAAGUUAGAGAUCUUGUUUUCCUUAGAGGGAUGACCUACAUUGUUUGCUUGGCAUUUCAGUUAGGACUGAAUUUACACAAACCAGUACUAAUAAGUAAGGUAGCAAUCUUUCAAUGGUGAUUCCUUCAUACAGAUUUGGAGAAAUAACAUUUUUUAACAGGCAUUUACAUUCCAUUUCCUUUCUGAAAUAAAAUGAUUUUACUUGAUGUGGUUCCACUGUCGUUUCUGCAAAAACAUUUUACAUACAAAAGGUGACCAUGCAAAACAGGAAACAAUUGAGGGUGACUGCUUAUGUUUGACCUAUAGGAUACUGCUCCCAGUUUACAUGUUUAAAAGUUGCAUUCACACUUGUGUUCAAAGAGAAAAUGUUUAAGAAAAUCAUCUGGUGGGGCUACAGAGAAAUGAGCUUGAUUUUUGAGGAUUCUAUUAUGUUACAAUUCAAAACACUUAAAAGGUAUCAGUGAUUGGCAUUGCAAGAUGGUAAGCAUGGGGGUAUGUGGGGUAAUGUGAGGACUGGUAGUCUAUCCAAGUACUCAGUUUUAAGCGUGUUUUUUUAUGACAGCAGAGGUGGUCUGUACUGGGUUCAAUUGUUUCAUUUGUAGUAUAAUGAAAUGUUACAGAGACGACUUUUUCAUUAAAAUAUUUUUAGAAACGUG